AUGUCAGGCAUCGCAUCCAAGAACCUUUACGACCUCCUCGGCAAUGAUCCGGAACUCGAUCCCGACAGGGAGCCGGAGCCACCUACCAAGGCCAUCGACAAGCCUGUCCAGCGCGCUGGCAAGCGCAAUGCUGGUGCCGAGGGGUCCCCGAAGGACACUCCCCGACCCCUAGGAGGUGGACGCGGCGGACGUCACGAGGUCUUUUCCGGCAGUGAGCAGGCUUUCCGCGACCGCGGCGCCGGUGCCUACCAGAACCGCAGCAAGCCUCCAGAUGAUGGCCUGCGUCAGGACCGUCACCCCGACCGUCUCCGAGGACCGGAUGAACACCGCGACAUCGGCAACCGCGGCCGUGGUUCCCGCGGCGGACGUGGCUACGGAGGCCGCGGCACGCGCACCGGACGCGACGACCGCCACAGCCGCACCGGCAUAGCCGAGCACGAAAAGCAAGCCGCCCACGGCUGGGGCGAGACAACCGGCACGGGCGAAUGGGCCGAUGAAAAAGCCGGUGAAGCCAUCGCUAAAGAAGAAGAAAAAGAAGGCUUCGACGCCGUCGUCCCAGCCCCCGUCAACGCAGACGGCGACGCCUGGGAGCCCAUGGCCGGCCACGAGAACGACUGGGCCGGCGCCGUGGUCGCGGGCGCAGGCGAGGACAUCCCGCCGCCGGAGCCAGAAGACAAGACGAAGAGCUACGCCGAGUACCUCGCCGAGCUCGCGGAGAAGAAACUCCAGCUUGGUGGUGGGCUGGAGGCAAGGAAAGCUAACGAGGGCGCGGCGAAGAAGUUCCCGGAGGGCAAGCCGCUUGAGCGCGAGGAGGGCGAGGAUUUCAUCGCUGGCUCUGGCGGAAAGGCGAAGCGCGAGCGCGAGAAGAAGGAGAAGGCGCGUGUGGAGCUCGGCGACAUCGUCGAUCGUCGUCCGGCUGGAGGCCGCGAGGGCGGGUUCCGUGGCGGUCGUGGCGGCGGCCGUGGUAGGGGUGAGGGUGGCGGCUUCCGUGGUGAUCGCGGUGAUCGCGGUGACCGCGGCGAAGGUCGUGGUGGCAGAGGCGAGGGCGGUUUCCGUGGCGAGGGCCGUGGAAGGGGCGGACGCGGUCGUGGUGAUCGUGGCGAAUUCCGUGGUGGAGACCGUGGCGCCCGUGGUGGUGCGAGGGGAGGCGCUUCGCAGGCGGUUAACCUCGACGACCAGAGCGCGUUUCCGAGUCUGGGGAAAUAG